GACGCUAAUGCGCGGAAGUCAGCUGACGGCCAGUAGCGAGCAGCAUGGCGAGAGGGUGGCAGUUCUGGUUGGGACUGCUCGGCUGCAGCUUUGCACUGACUCCCCGGGAGAGCCCUUCCCGGGAACUGAAGGAGCUGAAUGGAUUGUGGAGCUUCCGGGCGGAUCAGUCCGCAAACAGGAACCAAGGAUUCGAGGAGGGCUGGUAUAAGCGACCUCUGAGAGAGACAGGGCCAGUGAUCGAAAUGCCUGUUCCAGCAAGUUACAAUGACAUCACUCAGGACCACAAGCUGAGAGAUUUUAUUGGCUGGGUGUGGUAUGAAAAGGAAGUUUGGAUGCCCAAGCACUGGACAUCGCCUAAUGCAGGAAUGAGAAUUGUGCUCCAUGUUGGUAGUGCCAAUUACUACUCUGUUGUUUGGGUAAAUGGUGCUGAGGUUGCCUUUCAUGAAGGUGGCCACCUUCCUUUUGAAGCAGAUAUCACUACAGUUAUUCAGAACAGUCCAUCUCAUCAAUACAGAAUCACAAUUGCAGUAAACAACACACUUACCCCAUAUACUUUACCUCCUGGAAGGAUUCAGUACAUGACUGACACAAAAAGAUAUCCUCCAGGUUACUUUGUGCAGCUUACACAAUUCGAUUUCUUCAACUAUGCUGGGAUUCAUCGACCAGUUUUACUAUACACUACUCCCAAUGUCUACAUAGAUGACCUGACCAUUGUUACAGAUUUUCAAGAUGAUGUCGGGAUUGUAAACUAUAAAAUAUCCAUACAGGAGAGCGCACACUACUCAUUAUCACUAAAGUUGUAUGACCAAAGUGGACAGGUUGUUGCUUCAAUCACAGAUGGGCCUCCAGUUGGACAGUUGAAAUUAAGUAAACCAAAUCUCUGGUGGCCAUACCUAAUGCAUGAGCAACCUGCGUACCUUUAUAAUCUUGAGGUUUACAUGAAAAGCAAAAAUGGUAGCAUCAGUUAUGAAGAUAUUUACACAUUACCAGUUGGAAUUCGUAAGGUUCAAGUUACCAAGACCCAGUUCCUUAUCAAUGGGAAGCCAUUCUAUUUCCAUGGAGUGAAUAAACACGAAGAUUCAGAUAUACGAGGGAAAGGCCUUGACUGGUCAGUGAUUAUCAAGGACUUUAACCUUCUCCGAUGGCUGGGAGCAAAUUCUUUCCGUACAAGCCAUUAUCCGUACGCAGAAGAAAUCAUGGAUUUGUGUGACAAAUAUGGGAUUGUGGUCAUUGAUGAGUGCCCAGGCGUGGGCAUCAAGGAUCCUUUGAGCUUUGGAAAUAAAUCCCUUGCUCAUCAUUUGACUGUCAUGGAAGAGCUAGUGCGCAGAGAUAAAAACAGACCCUCUGUAGUGAUGUGGUCUGUUGCAAAUGAACCAGCAUCUGGACUACCACAAGCAAAUCAUUACUUCAAGACGUUAAUAUCUUCUACUAAAGCAAUGGAUCCAACCAGGCCUGUUACCUUUGUUACCGACACCAGCUAUGAUAGUGACAAAGCUGCGCAGUACACAGAUGUUAUUUGCGUGAACAGCUAUUUUUCUUGGUACCAUGAUUCAGGCCAUUUGGAGGUCAUUCAGUUACAGCUUAACAAUCAGUUUGAAAACUGGUACAAUAAAUUCCAAAAACCAAUUAUUCAGAGUGAAUAUGGAGCUGAUACUAUUGCAGGACUGCACAGUGAUCCCCCGGUAAUGUUUUCAGAAGAAUACCAAAAGGCUGUAAUGCAGGAAUAUUUCAUGGUAUUUGAUGAAAGAAGAAAAGAUUAUCUGAUUGGAGAACUAAUCUGGAAUUUUGCCGACUUCUUGACUGCUCAAAGUACAAAACGGGUAGAUGGGAACAAAAAGGGGAUCUUCACUCGCCAGAGACAGCCUAAAUCAUCAGCUUUCAUUCUUCGGGAUCGCUACUGGAAACUUGCCAAUGGGACUAAAUAAUUAUUUUAUUGGAUCACAUCUUUGGCCACCGAAUACAGAAGAAACUGCUUACAGAAGAUUUAAUUGAAAUAUGUAUUGUUUUCAGGGGAGAUGGGCUUUACUGGAUGGUCAGAAUUUCUCAUCUGUUCAGAGUUGUUCUUGAAGAGGAUAGUGAGCUGCCACUUGAACAGCUACAGUCCGUUUGGCAUAGGAGACUCUUCUGGAGGGAGAUCUGGCCUUUGGUCCAGCAACAGUGAAGAAACUGAUAUUUCCAAGCCAGGCUGGUGAGUGGCUACAAGAGAAACCUGCAGGUGGAGGCAGUAGUGGUGCAUAAAUUUAAAAGAUUCCCAACAUAGCAUCUUCCACACCCAUUGCCACAUCAGAUACAUGGGAACAUGCUGUUCCAGCUUGCAAAGCCAACAGUCCCAACUGAAUUUUUUAAAAUUACCACAAAGUAUUGAUGUUAAUCUGAGGUAUGAAUAUUUUCACCUUAAACUUCUGUCAAGAUGCAUUAUAGCCACACUUUCAAAAUUGGAAAAGACAACAAUUAGAUUAGUACUGGUGCUUGUUUGUCUAUGCAAGUUUAGGUAUGAAGUAUUCGUUCCCAAUUACACAUUUUAUUUUGACUCUGAAUUCGGUAUCAAGAUAGAGUAGAACUAAACACUGUUACAUGGUUAAAUGUUUUGAAAGCCAAUUUAAAUGUAGUAAUAUCAAAUUGAAAUCCCAAUCCUAUUGUGUCUGGCAUCACAAUUGGGAGCUUUCACAAACACUUUAGUUAUUACUCCAAUUUUUUUAUUUGGUAAGUGGUGUCCUUGGACAUUGGCAAAAAGGCCUGUUACGAUAGUCACAGACACUGCCAUUUUGCCACAGUGGCACUCACUCAAGCUGAAUUCAUGACAACACAGCAGGGAUAGUGGAACAUUCACCCCAAGGUUCAAGUCCAACUCCAGGGCCUGAGCACAAAAAUGAACUGCUCAAAGUGCAGUCUUCUAGGUGAUGUGAUAAAGUAAGGCAGGUGAAUGGAAAUCCCAUUGCAUUAUUGUCUGGCUGUAAUCAUUGCUGCAUGAGUGUUUUCUAUGCACAAAUUGGUUCAUGUAUUCUACACUUCGAAAGUACUUCACUUGCUAUAAAGCACUUUGAGUAUCUGAUGUUGAUGAGAAAAGUGUUAUGUAAACAAGUCAUAUCUGCAACUAGCUUCAGAUGUUUUUAACUGGACUCAUCUUGCCCCUGUAAGCAAGCAAGGUAAACCAUAAAAGUUGAAAAUUGUAUACAAUAGACUUUGUAUUUUUAGGGCUAAGUGGCAUUGGGCCUGAUGACUUGGGGGUAUUGAUCACAGUUGUUGAUAUCAAUGUUAUAUAAAAGUGUAAUAUUUUAUUAAA